AUUUUUGUGGUUCGUGGUUCGUCCUCCCUUGGUUCGUCCUCUUCCCCUGCCCUGGUCCCCGCUCCCAUCCUCCUCCUGCCCGUCCUCCUCCCCCCGUCCUUCGUUGUCCGAUUGGGCAAGAGCCAGGGCACGCGUGCCACUUGUUUGCGUGCCCCUCGCCACCUUUCAGUGUGCGGUUGCGCCCCCGCCUCGCCUUGACGCCCCCCCGAUCGUCCUGCUCGCCAACCUGGUGCGUUCGGAGGUCAGGGAGCCCGCGGUGCUGGGCCUCGUCUGCGCGCUAGUCGGCGCCAUGCUCGGGUACGGGCUCGCCGCGGCGUGGGGCCUGCUUGCCCUUGGGCAGGCGGCGGACACGUGCCUGCUGCGGGUGCCUCUGUUUUUCGUCUGCGUCUCGCUCUUCCCGCGAAGAAUUCUUAUUCACCGUCGUCUUUCACCCCGCCGAUAUAGAGUUCAGGGCGUUUCUGUUGACGCCGGUGCCAGCUGGAGGAUACAGCGUGGCGAUGGUGGCCGCGCUUGCAGAGUUCUGGACGGAGCGGUCGCUGCUGGGCGAGUGGGUGCCGUUGUGGUUAGCUGCUCCCUUGCUGUGUUGCGGCUCCGGCCUCGCCUUGGGGGGUUGGGCCCUCCGUGCCGCAGCGCUCUUCACCGCGGGCUCCAACUUCACCCACCUCGUGGCGGAUAGGAAGGAGGCCUCCCACGAGCUCGUGACAUGGGGGGUAUACAGCUGGUGCAGACACCCAGGCUAUGUUGGGUGGUUCCUCUGGAGCGUCUCCACGCAGCUGGUGCUGGCGAACCCCGUGUGUUUGGCGGCCUACACGCUGGUGUCCUGGAGAUUCUUCCAAGGGCGCAUCCCGAACGAGGAGGACCUACUGCUCGAUUUCUUUGGCGACGGCUACCUGGACUACGCUCGGCGGGUGCCGUGUGGACUUCCCGGAAUUUCAGAGCUCUGACCGCACAGGACUCCCGUGGAGUCUGCAGCGUAGGACGCGCGGCACCACAUUGUCCCAUUAGUGGCCGCACGCACACACUGCCCCCUUUCCUUCGCCAUGAUCCCACGCCUCUCGCCACUUCCCUCUCAUCGCGGUUGCCUGCUCCUGGACUCCACUGGCCGUGUUGGGGAGAGAAAGG